AUGUCUGUCGAUACAGAAAAGAACCAGUCGUCAGACUGGCACCCAAGCUGGCAGCUCAAAUGCAUCUUCGCCGUUGUUGGGUUGCUUAAGUUCAUGGCAGCCUUGGAUGCAACUUCAAUAUCUGUCUCGCUUCCGACUAUAUCCGAUGAUCUUGACGGAACGGCUAUAGAGGCCUUCUGGGCUGGAACGUCGUUUCUCGUCACCUCUUGCGUCUUCCAACCCGUCUUUUUCCUCGCACCUGAUAUAUUUGGACGCAAAUUUAUCCUUAUACUUACCGUGUUGUUCCUUACUUUCGGCUCGAUAUUGGCCGGUGCCGCGGCAGGCCUGCCCAAGGUGGAUUAUAUUGGCUCGUUCUUGUUCGUCGCUUCGCUGACCUCGUUUCUUAUUCCCAUUACCUGGGGCGGCGCUAUGGACGUGUGGACUCAUGGCAUACCCUUGUACCUCUCCUUCUGGGAGCCGCGGGCCUCGCUGGUUUCACUACAUGAGCGCUUUGUCGCCACCCAGCCACUCAAUCCCCUCGUGAUAUUCAACAACAUCGCCAAGUCGGUUAGUUAUGCUGGUUGUUUCCUGCACGGCGUCAUCCUGUGGGCUAUCGUAUACUACCUACCGCUGUAUUACGAGGGCUUUUUGGGAUACUCGCCCGUGGUAUCCGGUGUCGCCAUGUUCCCAGAAUAUUUCACUGUCGCCCCGAUUUCCGUGAUGACUGGUUUCAUUGUUGCCAAGACUGACCGAUAUCGCUGGGCCCUCUGGUUCGGCUGGCCAAUCUCAAUUCUCUGCGUUCUUGACAACGAAUCGAGUAUCCCCAAAUGGCUCUACAUCAACCUUGUCGCGGGUAUCGGUCUCGGCACCCUCUACCCGGCUGUGGUGCUCGCCGUCCAAGCCGCCGCAAACCCAAACUACCCCCACAUCUCUGUCACCAUGACGCCGUUCUUCUGGGUUUUUGGACAAGCAGUGGGUGUCUCAAUCGGUGGUGUGGUCCUCCAGAACUGCUUCAAGCAUGAGUUUGGGAAUCAUCCAGAGCUUGGUCGGUCGGCUAGUGCACUUGCGCAGGAUGCAUCUAGCCUGGUCAAAUAUAUCGAGACUCUCCAGGAAAACAGCGGGCAACCAACCUCAUCGAAAGCCUAUAUGCCAAACCUUUGGUAA